UUAGGUACCGCGUAAAAUGCAAUGAUCAAAAUGAUGGUUACUGUGGUGUUCGUUUUCACAUUAUGUUGGCUUCCAUUUAACAUACUUUGGGUAACUGCGGAAAGCAUUGGAGACGAAAUUAAGCCCUACUUAUGGUUCGCCGCCCACUGGUUGGCGAUGUCGCACGCUUGUUAUAAUCCAAUUAUCUACUGCUACAUGAACUCCAGAUUUCGUACGGGCUUCCUGCAAACAUUAAGCACGAUUCCAUGCUGUAGAAAGUGCAUACCUUCGCUAACUAUGCGACGUCCAAGAUCUUCCACAGGAUUUCCGUUGACAAGUUACGAAGGGACGGAAAACACAUUACUGCAUCGCAACAACACCUCUACUUCGUAUAUUAGUAUGAGACGUAAAACUACAAGAUCCUCUUCGUAUAAUCACAUACCAGUUAGAUCAGUGUCGUUAAUGCGAAACACAAACAUAAGUCCACAAAAUCAUCAUUUAGUCAAACGGACGAGACGUUCGUCAAAUUACGUAUUGGAAGAUGAAAUAUAAAUCGAUCGACCGACGUUAUAGUUUUAUGUGUCACAAAACAAACAAUUAAUAUAAACGCGAUUAAUGUUCAAUGUACUUUUGUGUUUACAGUAAUUAUUGGUCGACUAGUUAUUGACAGCCUUCUUGCUACAUUUCCGGGGAAAAAUCGUUACCGCUUCUACCAUUAUCACUUAAGUCACAUGCAUGGACGCAUUUUACAACCCCUAACUGAACGUUUCCAACACAAUGUUG